UGCUGCUUUUUUUCUCUCCUCCUCCCAUCCCACCCGUGUGCGCCGCGUCCAUACCAAGAUCCACUGACUUAUCCGCCACAUGUCCCCGCAGAUUCAACUUCAUAAUUGUCUUACGCCACAUUAAAGGACGGGGACGUGUUGACCUGACAGCUGAUCGGCGCUUUUACAGGUUUGCUCCACUCCUUCACCUGUAAGAGCUCUCCUCUGAAAAGCCUCCUCUCCCUCACCAACGCUUGUGCCAUGCAGGAGGUGUGAACCCUCCUCCUUCUCUUUCUUUGCAAACCGCUGGAGGAAACCCAAAAAGAGAGCAAAAGAAAACCCAGACUCUAACAAGUCACGAUGUCAGACCCUGACCCCUCUUUGCCGACAGUCCCCCCACUGCCCCUCACUUCUCCGCGCACUCCCUUGCAGCUCUCCUUUCCCUUCCUGAGGGAGGGCAGCCGGGUUUGGGAGAAGGAGAGGAAACCACCACAGCCCGGAGAGCUGCCUAGCCCACUGCCUACUAAACGCACUCGCACAUACUCAGCGACAGUGCGAGCUAAAUCAGGUCCUGUAUUUAAAGGGGUGUGUAAAAACUUCUCCAGGUCUCAGGGUCAUGGAUUCAUACGGCCUUCCCACGGAGGAGAAGACAUCUUUGUCCACAUCUCUGACAUUGAGGGAGAGUACGUGCCUAUGGAAGGAGACGAGGUUACGUACAAAGUGUGCCCCAUCCCUCCCAAGAACCAGAAGAUUCAGGCUGUCGACGUGGUGAUCACCCACCUGAAUCCAGGCUCAAAGCAUGAGACCUGGUCAGGUCAGAUCAUCAGCUCCUAGACCAGGGAUUUAAGUCUCAGAUCUGCAAAGGCGAAGAGGGGUUUAGACUUAAUUUCAGAUUUUAUGUUUUGGUAAGGGAAACGGUAGGAUCAGGUCUGGGGCAGAGGGAUCCGAGCUCGGUGUGCGGUGGGCAAACACUGGCCUGAGGUGAUAGUGGUACAGAAAGUGAACUUCUAGAUAUAAAAGUUAGGGUUGGGAGUUAAGCUUUGAAUGUAUGUGUUUGAAUGUUUUUAUUUGGAGGCCAUGAUUUGAUCAUUUGUGUUUGAAUAUUUCUGUUGGGGGGGUUAAAGGGGUUCAGGGUUUGGUGCUAGCAAUUUUACUUUGGGCUAGGGAACAUAUUUAAGUUGGGAAAUAAGUGGUUGUAAAGGAAGUGUCUUUAAUGAGUUGGAUAAAAAUGUACUAGGGGCCGAAAUGCAUUUUGAGCUAAUGAAACAGUUCAACCAUACAGACUCGCACUCUGAGUCUUUGGGAGCAGCUCAGAGGACGUAUGUGUGUACUUCCAAUUUUACAUAUUCACACUGUGUGCCACCACUGCCAAGGUUCAUUAAAAAAGUCACACUGAAACAUUCAUUUUAGCCAUAAUGUCUAUGUUUACAACCGCAGAGGAGGACGAAGAAGAAAGAUUCAAAGGAAAAAACACUUAAAAAAUGCCAAGAUUUUCCAGGUUGUUUACUUUUCCCAAAUGGGAGCUAUGAGUAUACUUUCACUAGUAACUUUUCCAUAUUUGCAAUUCGCUCUUAAUGCGUUUCGGCCUCAAGUGCUGUGAGAAGUUUCACGUGUUAGGAAGAUGUUUCCUUCUAAACAUUGUAGCGCUACAGUAUUUUUUCUAUUUGCAAGUGUAGAAAUCCAGUAUUAUUGUAGCCAGCUCCUAUGACGGUCUAAAGUUUUUGUGGUAGACAGUGGGCAUGUGGGCCUGCUGCUGAAAAAACAGGCCAGAGGGUUUGGGGUUGGUGGAGGAAAUGGUCAGAGGGUGAAGGAACGGGCAGAGGAUGGAGUGAUCAUCUGUAGUUGUGCUCGAGCACAGAUGCAGCUAGUUUCAAUGUGGGUGUUAUAAAGCACGUGUAAGGAGGAUGAUUGAGAUUAAUGUCAGCAGUUCUCACUUUGUGGGUCAUCAGGUGACGUCAAUGAUCUUAAAGAAAUAGUUUAACACUUUGGGAAACAGUUAUUUGCCUUACAGAUUAUAGGACUGAUUUCUCCUUCAGGUCAGGGUUUCCUACUCUCACGUUUCUGGCGUGUGACAAAUGCUUUAACCUUCAGUCUCAUGCUGCUGGAAUGAAUCUUAUUUGAAAUAUAGAAAACACAAAAAAGCAAGCUUCUGAGUUUCUCUUUUAUAGAAAAAAAAAAGUUUAAACUAAGCUUUCCGCACACAAUACAAACUCUAAACAUCAGGCUUUUUCCACUGUUUAGAACCAACACUGAUCCAGAAACAGUGGAGAGUGCAAAAGAUUGUUAAUAAUGUGCUUAUGUUUACAAAGGCUUGCCAGCAAAUGUAGCCUAAUCUGUGCACAGGAAUCUUUUUAGGACUCUUUGUCAAACUAUAUCAAAUACUUGCAUCCUUAUCGGGCACAGGAUCACCUGCAGCUGUGUUCCACAAAGUGAGAGAGUGGUUUCAGCUUCAUUACAGCUAAUAAUAGCUUCAGACAGUGCGGUACUGAAAAUGGACCAUUAGAGCCUAACAGUGAAUCACCAGUUAAACCAUUUAUUACAUAGCUAUUCUCAGACUGAGUCCUAUGCUUCAUUAAAAGUCUGGAUUUCUGCUCAAAUUCAGUGACCAUUGUUAGCAGUAAUAAGUGAAGUGAUGUUUACUUUACCAUGACCUCUAAUCAUUAAACUAAAAGAACGUGAUAGCAGUUAGCCUAACAGCAAUGAAAAUAUAUUUUCCACAUUAUAUUUUCUACUUUAGCUGAUAAUUUAUGUGUGAUAAAUAUGAAAAUAUAGCAAGCAGCCACAGCAUAGUCUAGCAUAGCUUAAGACCAGAAAAAGGGACAAGAG